AUCAUUUGUUUCAAUGUACAAAAAAACUGUGAAUCAAAGAGAAAUAUAAACAAGAAUACUUCUUCAUCCAUCAUCUUGAACAACUUCUCCUAAUGACAUCAAUUCUCUAUAUCUGCAUUCUUGCAUAGAGACAUUCAGCUGCUCUAAUCUUUCAAACACAACUUUGACGGCCGUUGGAUGAAAAAAAAAAACGGUUUCCCUUCUUUUCCUCUUAGAACAAAAGCUUGCAGCUUGGCGGGUAAGUACGAAGCCGCAAAUUUAAAAUACAGCAAUACUGAGCAUAAUGGCAUUAUGUAAUAGUAACAACAUGUUUAUUGUUCAUGUCCUUUUGUGUGUUGUUCAGGACAUUAUUGGAGUGUUAUCAGCAAAAUCUAAGUGAACACGGCAACAUAGGAAGGCACUCAUGCAUCAUCAUCAGCAACUCAGAACUGACUGUCCGUUUAAAGAUUGGUCUGAAGAUUUCUUGAAGACGUCAAAGAAUAUUUUUAUGAAGAAAGUGCUAUAACAUUUAGACAAGAUUUUAAAAGAGGGUUUUUGUUUUUCAGGAAAUAAUUGCUUAGGAAGAUAGUAGUUAGGUAAGUUGGGAGAUAUGUUUGUGUCAGAAGUUCACUCAUGUCCAGUCCCUCACCUUUCUUUCUUUUUGUCUUCGAUCCCAAGUUACCUUCUCACUUCUACUCUCUGAAUCAUUAGGGCUUCCCUUUCUCAAGAAACUAAAAGUCAGUUGAGAUGUUGUGUUCAGACAAGAACACGUCAUCUUCUGUAGCUGAAUUACUAUCAAUCACAAUAAAAACAUUGCUUAAAGUUAUGGGAAACAAGAAACAAUAAAUCUGGAGAAUUGUAACAACAACAAGUAGGUUAAAAGGCCAAAAACACUCAUCAACAAUCUUUGAAAAGCUUUGUUUAAAUCCAUAAACAUUAAUUUCAAAUUCCUGAAGAAGAAACUGAAGUUAAAGAACCGUAUCAAGAACCAAGAUCUUCUCUUAGGAAAUUCACAGAAGAUGAGGCUUUUCUUCUGCUUCUGCUUCUGCUUCUUCUCCAUGCUCAUCUUCACCACAUCUGCUUAUGAUCCAUUAGAUCCUAAUGGGAACAUUACACUCAAAUGGGAUAUCAUGUCAUGGACAGCAGAUGGCUAUGUGGCAACGGUAACUAUGAACAACUUCCAAAUCUACCGACACAUACAAAACCCGGGUUGGACAUUAGGCUGGGCAUGGGCAAAGAAAGAAGUGAUUUGGUCAAUGGUUGGCGCACAGACAACAGAACAAGGAGACUGUUCCAAGUUCAAGGGAAAUGUACCUCAUUGUUGUAAGAAAGUCCCUACAGUCGUUGAUCUCUUGCCAGGUGUUCCAUACAACCAACAGUUCUCAAACUGUUGCAAAGGCGGUGUGGUUGGAGCUUGGGGUCAAGAUCCAUCAUCAGCUGUAUCACAGUUUCAGGUUAGUGUUGGUUUGGCUGGAACUACAAACAAGACUGUCAACCUUCCUAAGAACUUCACAUUGCUUGGUCCCGGGCCUGGUUACACUUGCGGUCCUGCCAAAAUCGUGCCAUCUACUGUUUUUUUCACUACUGACAAACGAAGAAAGACACAAGCUUUGAGUAAUCAUGCUUGCCCUUCUUGUGCAUGUGGUUGCGAGAACAAAAAGAGCUGCGUCAAGGCUGAUUCUAAGAUUCUAACAAAGAAAGGUCUCAACACACCGAGAAAAGACAACGCACCUUUACUACAAUGCACACACCACAUGUGCCCUGUUAGAGUUCACUGGCACGUUAAAGUAAACUACAAAGACUACUGGCGUGUGAAGAUAGCCAUCACAAACUUCAACUACAGGAUGAACCAUACACUGUGGACUUUAGCAGUUCAGCACCCAAAUCUCAACAAUGUGACUCAAGUUUUCAGCUUUGAUUACAAAUCAGUUGCUCCUUAUGGAUCCAUAAAUGAUACUGGAAUGUUCUAUGGCACGAAGUUUUACAAUGAUCUUUUGAUGGAAGCGGGACCUUCAGGGAAUGUUCAGUCAGAGGUUUUGCUUCAGAAAGAUCAAAAGACGUUUACUUUCAAGCAAGGUUGGGCUUUUCCGAGGAAAGUUUACUUCAAUGGCGAUGAAUGUAUGUUACCUCCACCAGAUUCAUACCCUUUUCUACCAAACUCUGCACGAGGAAACUUGGCUUCCUUCUGGAUACUAUCACUCACGAUUCUUAUUCUUAUGUUCAUCUCAAUAUGGUGAUUGGUCUGAUCCUUGUGGGUUUCAGAAACCAAACCAGAAGCUGUGUCAGUUCGGUUUUCAGAUAAAGAUCAUAAACAUGUGUUUUGUAAGAGAGAAUGUUUUUUUUUCUUACGACGUAAGAGAGAAUGAUUAGAGAUGAAUAUGUGUAAGUGUAAUGUCUUUUACUCAUGUGGGAAGUGAAACACUGAUUGACUUGAGAAAGAUGCGAAAGAACGAAAGAGCUUAAAUAGUACAAUUACGUUUUAUAUUGGGCCGGAAUAAGCGCAUUACUCUAGGCCCAUUUUAAUGUAUUUACAUUCCGCUUUUCGUUAGCUCAAAAACUUUGAUAAAUUGCGCUGCUUCUUGAAGAAAUUGGGUGUUAGUUCAAAUGAUACUGUAAGGUACAUCCGUAUCAAUGUAUCAUUAUGUUUUCUUCUACGCUCUAUAACAAUUAAAUCAAGGGAAAGAAAUUUAAUAAUGCAUCAUUGAAAUAUUUAAUUAAUACUUUUAUGAAAUAAUUAUAAGGUAUGCAUCAGUGUUGGUGCAUCACCUACGUGCAUGUACUAUCUCUAUUAUGAUAGUUACAUGAUUUAUGCAAUAAUCAUAGACGACGUGCACCGACGAGCGUUCCACGAUCACCACGUACUGAUUACGGUCCACGUCGUAAGGAUUACGCUUCAAGAUUUUUUUUUUAUCAGUUUUGGUUUGGUUAAUUAUAUGUUUAUCAAUCAUAUCUUUAUCAAAUUAUUCGAAUCUAAAGCGAAUCAACAAGAAUUAUGAGGUAUAUUUUUCAAAAGAAAAGAAUUAAGAGGUAUAUCCUAUUUUGUUGACAUUUAUGAUUUCUGUCCUCGUAUAUAUGUUAUUUGUUACCAUGUACAUUAUGUAUAUAUGAACUUUAAUUCAAAAGAAAGCUAAACGUUGGAGAAUUUAAGACACUUAACAUAUCUCUAACAUAUACCUCCCCACAUUCACAUGCACAAUUCCUUCGUAAUAUAGCAAAGUAACCGAACAUUUAUUAAGUUGUCAGUUUUUAAUUAUUUACUUUUUCAGUUUUUCCUUUAAGUAAAAGUGUAACACCAUAAAGGAACGAAAACUUAUUCUGCAACCUAUUACAUUCGAGUCGACAAAAUAUAUUUGUUGGUCAGUUUCUUAGAUCUACUUUCAUUUGAAUAAGCACAACUGUUUAUAGUGACUUUACAGUCCAAUAUUACGAUAAAAUGAACGAUAAGUUUUAAUUCGCAUGAAUCAAAUUAUAAUAUACUUAGUUUUUGACCC